AUGACUGACACACUGAUCACCAAGGAACAGUCAGCAGUCGGAGGCAGAACAAUUACCAACUUACGUUUUGCUAAUGACAUUGAUGGCCUAGCAGGAAAAGAGGAGGAACUAGCCUCCUUGGUGGAUCGCCUAGAUAAGACCUCUGCAGCCUUUGGCAUAAAAGUUAGUACAGAAAAGACAAAAGUGAUGACCAGCAACACAAAUGGCACCUUCACAUCAGGAUUAACGGUGAAAAAUUGGACGAGGUUAACAGUUUCAAGUAUAUCUGGGCGGGCGCAGUCGUCAAAGAUCAAGGUUCCAAUGUCUAGAAUUGCACGGACAACGGCAGCACUAGGGAGACUGAAGACCAUCUGGAAAGAUAAGAAUAUCUCUCUAAGCUCAAAGGUCAAACUUAUGACGUCCUACCCUGGUUAUCUCAGUACUGUUGUACGCCUUCGAAAUCUGGACGUUUACAGCGGACAUUCUGAAGAAAUUGCAGCAGGGCUUGCCAAGACAAUUUCACAGGGAACAGUGUAA